AUGGCCAAGCAGAGGAGGUUUCUCGCUCUCCUCCUGGUCACGGCCCUCCUCGCGCUCUCCUUUUCGCAAGGUAAGCGCAGGGCUGGUGGUGGAAGCGCGGAAGGUGCAGGUGCUGCGAGCGCUGCGGCACAACAACGAGCGGCGCGCGGCGCCCUCGGCGGCCGCCUGCUGCCGGAGGAGAUGGCGUACACGACCAUGGACUACGGGCCGCCCACGGCCAACACCAACACCCACGGCGGCAUGAUCCCGACGCCGGACCCCUCCUCGCCGCCGACGCACUGA